AUGAAUAAGGUUCUCGGUGAUGUCAGGCUUUACAAGUUUGAUGUGCCUUCUGAGUCUGAUGUCGGAAUAAUAGUAGUAAGUUGUGAAGGUGGUCAUGAAUCUCGAAAGUUUCAAUUGUCCCAAUACACAGGACGAGGACGACAAAGAAGAGGUUCGAAAGCUGGAUUGUCCAAAAAGUUCGUAGAUAUGAUCAACUGGUCAUUCAUGAUGAUGCGCGAUGAUAUCGCUAUCAAAAUACAUAAACAGAUCUUCGACCACAUAGUCUCCAAUUUCUGUUUCACGAAUCUUGACAACGUACCUCCCGCCUGUCCCGUCCUCGUCUUUCACUUUCAAACUAGAGGGUUUGGUCAAGAUCAUGUUCCUGAGAUUGACAUCACACGUACUCUUCUACACACAUUGAGAACCAGACAUUCUAUCCUGGCCGAUGAAGAUGCAAUAACCAGAUGUGUACCAAUUGCUCCACCAGCAACAAAGAUCUUGGAUUGUUAUCAAAGUUCGGAAUUGUGCUUUCUCUGUGAGAAAGGGUAUACGAGAGACGUUGAGAUUGUUCACAAAACAAGAUGCAAUCACAUCUUUCACGGUACUUGUAUCUCUAGUUACUUGAUGCGCACUCCUCAUUGUCCUGUUUGCUCUGCUCACUUGCCACCUGUCGACAUGCGAACCCUACUCUUCUCCUAA